AUGGCGAGAGAAGACCCUCAAUUCAUACAAAUGAAACCCAUCAAAAUAUUAACUGAGAGCCAUGGAAACCGGGAGCGGCUGCGGAGGCCUCUCUGGGAUCUUGUUGUGGGACCGCUGCAGCUUCUCUGCCUCCGCCUUCCGGCAGCAGCCAGCUUCCAGUGCGUGAGAAGGAUGAGUCCAGAUGUGCCUCUGCUGAAUGAUUACAAACAGGACUUCUUUCUGAAGCGCUUUCCACAGACUGUUCUAGGAGGCCCUCGACUCAGAUUAGGCUUUUAUGCCCCUCCUUACGUAUAUGUUAAUCAAAUUAUCCUUUUUCUGAUGCCAUGGGUUUUGGGUGGAAUAGGAACACUUUUGUACCAGCUGGGAAUCCUGAAAGACUAUUAUACGGCAUCACUUUCACGUGGACUAAUGCUUUUCACUGCAUUUGUCAUCCAGUUCACAAGUUUAUAUGCCCAAAACAAAUCAGCAACAGUACAAAGAAUGCUAACUACAGAUAUCUUAGCAGAGGAAGAUGAGCAUGAAUUUACAAGCUGUGCUGGUGCUGAGACUGUCAAAUUUCUAAUUCCUGGAAAGAAAUAUAUAGCCAAUAUAGUUUUUCAUUCUGUUCUUCCUGGGCUAGUAUGUGCUCUUGGAACAAGGUAUCUGCUUCCAAAUAGAAUAACCUUGCUGUAUGGCAGUAUAGGAGGCACUGCUCCUCUAUUUGUCUUUGGAUGGAUAACACUCUGUAUAGGAGAAUACUCAUUAAUUGUGAACACAGCUACAGAGACUGCAACUUUCCAACCUCAGGAUACUUAUGAAAUCACUCCUCUUAUGAGACCCAUUUAUAUUUUUUUCUUUGUUUCUGUAGAUCUUGCACACAGGUAAAAAACCUACCAAAUAUUUUAUAACUUGCUUUGUUUUUAUGUAUACCUGAUAAGAGAGCUUUUGCUAGUAUUUACAAAAAUGAAUCUGGAUUAAAAAUCAUGCCCAAAUCAUUGGGUGAUGGGUUGUUUUUAUGAUUAAUCUUAGAAGUAAUCAAUGUAAAACAUUUAUGCUAAAAAGUAAUAAUUAAAUCAUACUGAAAGGGGAAAAUUCCUUUUUCAAGAAAAGUAAACUAUUUUUCAAUCCUGUAUUUCAUUUUAAAGAAAGACCAUUGAGAAUCUAUAAGAUAACUGGGCCAAAACCUAUGAAAACAAUGGAACUUUCUUGAGGAGAAUGAGGAAAGAAUAAUUUAAAAGUUAUAUGUGUAAAUAUUAUACAGGUUGAGUGAAUUCAAGAUGACUAGAAAUUUUGUUAUAUAGGAGGAAUAUUGAUUUAUAAAUUAGUUUGUUAUAGAAGAAAAAUAAAAACAUUUAAA